UGAAUAAUGGAGUUGGUACGAGGACGUUGGUCAUAGUGGGCGUAGUAUCUGGACUGUUGAUAUUGUUCAUGAUAUGCCUAGUUGCAUAUUGCCUCUUGAGAAUUUGCAGACGAACUCGAGAACUUCACCAAAUACAGGAAGCUCUAGAGAGAGAGCACGUAAAGCCACCGUUCUUCAGCUACGAUGACCUCAAGACGGCUACAAGAAAUUUCUCGCAUGACAAUGUACUGGGAAAAGAAAUGGUGAAUAUUACGGGUAUCAAACACAGAAAUCCUAUUCAAUUUCUGGGAUGUUGUGUAAGAGAGAAGCAGCAACGCAUGCUAGUUUACGAGUUCGCGGAGAAUAGGAGCCUUGCGGAGGCUUUGUGUGGUCGGGAAAAAGUUUUCGUUUUGAGUUGGGAACAGCGGCUCCAAAUAUGCGUCGGAAUAGCCCGUGGUCUUGCUUAUUUACACGAGGAGUUGCAGCCAAAGAUGAUUCACAGAGAUAUCAAACCUCAGAAUAUUCUUCUGGGCAAGGACUAUAAUGCAAAGAUUGCCGAUUUUGGAUUAGUCAGACCCGCUCACACAGACGCCACUCAAGUCACGCUUAUCGUCCUUGGAACAAAGGGCCACCUUUCGCCGGAGUAUGCAACAGAGGGCGUGGUAUCGGAGAAACUGGAUGUUUAUAGCUUCGGCAUUGCUCUGUUGGAGAUUGUUUCCGGGAGGCUUUGGUUCAGUGAUAAGACGCCUGCUGAACGAAAUUAUCUUCGAGACUGGGCUUUGGCCCUGUACGAGGACGGAAAGUUGCUGGAUCUGGUCGAUGAAGACCUCAUGGGGGCAUGUAACCAAGAGGAGGUUCGGCUUGUCCUGAAGACGGCGCUGUCUUGCUGUCAAGCGUAUCCCAAGAACUGUCCCAGCAUGUCUCAAGCGAUGAACUUGUUUAUGAAACAUGAGGACUUAGCUUUCGAAAUCGUCAAAGAGCUCAGGGGCAACGGCACAGGCUUAGGGGGUAUAUCGGAAGAUCAUGAAGAGCCUCGAAUCAGUAGUGAAAGUGAGGAGCGUAGCUUUGUAUCUAGGAGCGAAUCCAGAUCACAUUUAUCGGAGCUCACAGAAAUGCGUCCUAGGCAAUUCGAAUUAACCACAACCAUGAAGUAG